CGCAAAGGGAGAUAAUACCAUGUACGUUUGGUUCCCGUUAUAUCCGAUUAAUUCGUAAGCAAGCCAGUCAAUACCACAGGUCAGUGUGACCUUUCCGCGAUCUGUCAGUGCUAAAAGCUACGCAAGAGUUUGAAGCAAUCUGUCAACAUCUACACACAUUACUUGGAAUGAAAACAGAGUAUCCAGAUAUACAACAGGUGAUUUCGUUUUUAUUUUAUUGUUAAUUAUCUCAAAAUGUUUCAAUUAAAAUUUGUUGAAGGAGCCAAACCAGGCCAGCCUAUAAAAAGGAAAAAAAAUGAGAAUGAAAAAAAUGAGGAAAACAAAAAGCGUUGGUCAAAAUAUGAGGAAAAAAGGAAUGACAGGCCUUUUAAAGAGUCAUGGAAAGAAGGGAGAUCGUGGCUAAAUUUUGAUGAAAGUAAAGGGGCCAUGACCUGCUUUACAUGCAUUGAGUUUUAUGGAACAAAAAGCAUAGGUUCUGGGCUGAAAGGAUGCAACACCUUCCUCACUGGUAGCACCAAUUUGAAAAAAUCAGCUGUCAGUGACCAUGAGCUGAGCAAAGCCCACAUUGACGCUACGGCAAACAUAGCUGCUAAAUGUAGUGAUAGUGCAGCUAUUGCCAGUUCACAAGCUGGUAAAGCCAUGCUAUCACUACAUUUAUCAGAGCGCCAGCGGUUGAUGCAUUUGUUUAGAAAUGCCCAUGCUGUGGGAAAAAAAGGCCGCCCCAUAACAGAUUACACAUGGCUUUGCAAUGUCACUGAAGCCAAUGGUGUUGACCUUGGCUAAACCUAUCGCAAUGGAAAAGCUGCUCUUGCGUUUCUUUCUUACAUUGCAGGUGCCGAAAAAGACAAGACGGUAACUAUGAUGGAAGCAGCCAAGGGUUUUUCGUUGCUCAUCGACGGAACAACAGACUUUUCUGGUUACGAACAGGAGUGUGUAUUUGUAAGGGCUGCAAUUAAUGGACAUGACUUUGUGCAAGAAAGCUUUUUGACCAUUGGCUCCCCAAGUAGCACAACAGCGGGUGAUCUAAAGGCUUUUGUCGAUGAUGUACUGGUGGAAAACGGCCUUGAGAAAGAAAAGCUGAUCGGAUUAGGUUAUGAUGGGGCAGCAAACAUGGUAGGGGUACGCAAUGGUUUAGCUGCAAAGCUCAAACAGGAUAUCGGCGUACAUUUCGUAAAUAUUCAUUGCUUCAACCGUCUAGAACUGGCCUGGCAUGACACCAUAUAACAAAACAAAACUCAUGAUAAGCUGAUUACUUUGCUGACUGGACUUUAUUUUAUGUAUCACAAACAGUACAAAAACAAACAAGAGUUCCGCGGUCGGAGAUGACCGCAUUGAAGCCGGAUUUUUGAUUUAAAUGACAGGAAAGUACCUUUCGUGUUUUUGUCAAUGCAAUACUUAAAUUACUGAAAUAUUGUUCAAAGGUCAAAAUGAAAUGUAAGUACUUUUCAAGGCAUGAGCAAACCUUGUGUUAUGUUUUGAAUGCAUGCAUAUACAUGAACAACAAUAACAUUUAAGGUCACAAAUAUGAACUUGAAUUGACAAUUAGGAAAGUUUGAUCUCAAUUUUUUUAUUAGCAAAUUAGUAACAUAUUGUUUGAAGUUUCCAUCAAUUUCAUUAUCAAAUGUAAGAAAAUA